AUGGAUGAAGUUACCGACGAAGAGGAAGAUACUCCUGAGACCAAACCUGCUGCCAAGGGAUCAAAAAAUUCUACCGGUGUCAUCCGGGGUACCGUCUCCAACUUGACUCGGAAGAAUCAAGUAGAUCUCACCAUGAAUAGAUGGGCACGCGAGGCGGCAAAUCUCUCCGCAACGUGCUGUUGCGAGGUUGUCAUCUUUGCAGUAUCAAAACACUUAUCCAACCACUGCUUCCGAAUGGACCGAUGUACCCCUGGUGCAUUUAAACCAAACAGCGAGAUAUCCCAAAUGGAUGGUAAUAACCAGUACUCGGCCCAAAUGGAUGGUAAUAACCAGUACUCGGCCCGACUACAGGCACUUGUCACCGGUAACUCAGUCGGUCAGAUUGCUGUAGGGGAGAAGAUUCCGGGCACAUCCAAAAAAAAAUUGAAGCAGAUCCGCUCAGAAUUAUGUACAGAGCUUGCGGAGUUCAUUGCUCGUGAGACAAACAAUAUCAUAACCUCCUGGCCUUGGGCGUCCAACGAGACACGGCUGCGCGAAGCAAAGUUUCAACUUGAGCUUGCUCCAGACGCCCGCUCCGAAAUAGACUGGCUACGGACAGACAACAAGCGAGUCAAGAAGGACCAUCUCUCGAUGCUCCUGCUCGAUCUCAAGAACGGUCACAUCAUUCUUCGACGAAUUACCACUCCGAGCGCUGUGCCAAAAUCCUCAGUAUCACAGGCAGCGCCAGACCGUCUGGCCCAACCUUCCCCGUCCGAGAUCAACACCCAAUCCAGCAGGAGUGGCGAUGGAGAAAAUCACCAGGGUGAUGAUAACUGA